AUGACGAUCGCAAUCUCGAUGGACGCCAUUGAAGCGCACGCGCGCGACCUUGGGGUCAACCUCUCCGCCGUCGAUCUCGACUCGAUCGCCCUCCCCGCCGGCGAAGACUUCGGUAUCCUCAGCGAUGACGAGGAGAUAUGUCAGAAGGAAGACCUUCCAGAGCCUGAGGGGGGACUUUCUAAUAUUGUUGUUGUGGACAAUCUGCCGGUUGUUGCUCCAGAUAAGUAUGAGAAGCUAGAGAGUGUUGUACGCAAGCUCUUUAAUCCAUGUGGUGCGAUAGUUGUGUUUUGGAUGCCUACAGAUCCAGAGACGCAGAACACCUAUGGUUACUGCUUCAUUGAGUAUAACACUUCGCAGGAAGCUGAACUUGCAAGGGAAAAAAGAAACGGUCAUAAACUUGACAGGUUGCACAUACUUGCUGUAAAUGUAUUCCAUGACUUUGACAAGUACAUGAAAGUCCCUGAUGAAUGGACGGCUGCCGAACUCACUCCAUAUGCUCCUGGAGAGAAUCUGCUGAAGUGGCUUACUGAUGAGAAAGCCAGAGAUCAGUUUGUGAUCUGGGCUGGUAUGUCAACGGAAAUUUACUGGAAUGAUGCCAAGCGGGCAAUGCCUCAGCUUGUGUACCAAAAGCAGUACUGGACGGACAGUUAUGUUCAGUGGUCCCCUCUUGGAACACACUUGGCAACAGUACAUAACCAGGGAGCACAGGUGUGGGGCGGCGAUGAUAAGUUUCUGCGUCUAAUGAAAUUUCCUCAUCCAAAGCUGAAACUGAUCGACUUCUCUCCCGGUGAGAGGUAUUUGGUCACAUAUAGCAGCGAGGAACCCAGCAAGCCCAGAGGCACACAUACGGUUGUCCUAAAUAUCUUUGACGUACGGAGUGGCAAAGUGAUGCGAGAGUUCAAGGGAAGCGCUGAUGAUCUCAGUACUGGCGGAAGUAUUGCUGUUUCUGGUGUACCAUGGCCUAUCUUCAGGUGGGGUGGUGGAAGAGAUGAUAAAUAUUUUGCCAGGCUUGGCAAGAAUGUUAUAUCUGUCUAUGAAACUGAGACGUUCACUCUUCUUGAUAAGAAGUCCUUGAAGGUAGAAAAUGUGGCAGACUUCAACUGGUCGCCCACUGACCCUAUCAUAUCCAUGUUUGUGCCUGAAAUGGGUGGUGGAAAUCAACCUGCCAAGGUGAGCCUUGUACAAAUUCCUAGCAGACAGGAGCUGCGGCAGAAAAACCUUUUCAGUGUGAGUGAUUGUAAGAUGUACUGGCAAAACAAUGGAGAAUAUCUCGCUGUCCAGGUAGAUAGGUACACAAAAACAAAGAAGAGCAUUUACACUGGAUUCGAGCUGUAUAGAAUCAAGGAAAAAGACAUUCCAGUUGAGGUGUUUGAAUUGGAUAACAAGAACCACAAGGUAGUUGCCUUUGCUUGGGAGCCCAGAGGUCACCGCUUUGCUAUCAUUCACGGUGAUGGACCUAAGCAUGAUAUAAGUUUCUAUUCCGUGCGCACAUCUGACAAGGCUAGCCGUGUGUCCAAGCUCACGACAAUCAAGGGCAGGCAGGCUAAUGCAUUGUUCUGGUCUCCUGCUGGGCGUUUCAUUGUUCUUGCUGGGCUGAAGGGUUUGAAUGGUCAGUUGGAGUUCUACAAUGUUGAUGACCUCGAGACAAUGGCGACAGGAGAGCAUUUUAUGGCGACUGACGUCAUGUGGGAUCCUACCGGAAGAUUUCUCGCGACUGCAGUUACCUCGGUUCAUGAGAUGGAAAAUGGUUUCCAGAUUUGGUCCUUCAGUGGCAAGCAUAUAUACAAGGUGUCAAAGGACCACUUCUAUCAGUUCCAGUGGCGCCCAAGGCCACCGUCGCUACUUACUCCCGAGAAGGAGAAAGAGAUUUCGGAAAACCUCGAGAUGUACAGCAAGAAGUACAAACAGGAGGACCGAGACAUGUUGGACGAGAAGUUCGAGCAUGAAAGCUAUAGGCGGAAGCAGCUUCGGGAGGAGUGGACACGCUGGGUAGCUAAGUGGAAGGAGCAGCACGAUGAGGAACGGCAGUGCAGGAUGGCACUGAGGGGUGGGGAGGACAGCGACAAGGAAGAAGAGUAUCAAGGCAAGGAGGUUGAGGUGGACGAGGUUGUGAGCGUGAUAGAAGAAACUCUCGCCUUCGACCUGGACCAGGACUGA